UUUGAGCACAGCGAUUCAUCUCAGGGCAAUUAGUAGCUUUUUAAAAGAUGUCUAAUCAGGAACAGUCCACUACUACUGUACCCAUUACCGCACACUUGUUUCCAUUUACAAGUCCACUAGAAGGACCCGUCAACUCAAAAGACUUUUUUCAGUUCGCGCCGACAACAUCGAUCGCACAUCAACACAAUUCAAUCGCAACUUAUGAAACCAUUGUCAUGGGCCGGCGACUGAUUGGAUAUGGCGUUGAUUUACCAGAAUCUUGUAAAGGACAUAUUUGGCAACAUGUACAAACACCCGAAAACCGUGACGAACAUGAAGAAGAAGAAGAAGAAGAACAAAAACCACGUUUAAUUAAAAAAUCGGAACAGCCUGUAUCUCGGUUUGUGUUGUGGAAAAAGGAUACUGCACCAAACGAUCAAGAUGCACGGCUCAAGAUGAUUGAAGACUGGCAUACUGUCAUGGAUGCUGUCCAUGAACCGAUACCAUUGUAAAUAUUUGGAGAAAGCCACAAGAUUCUGGGUGGAUUGUUGAAUUAGCCAUGAUCUAACGUUGUAGACAUAAAGCAUAUUAAGAGUAAUAUAUAAUACCGUGAGGGAAAAGAUCUCCCAAAGAAUAAGUUGUUCGUGGUUAAAAUGGUUGGUGGCAGGUG